CAUGCGCGCAAUUCCAAAAUUUCAUCUCUAUUCGUAAUAUUUUCCUUUCUAAAAGUUUCAAAAUGUAAAUUUACUUGGAAAAAUGUGGUCAAAUAACCGCGAUUAUUUUUCCAAGUGCAUCAGUGCCCACGAAUUUGGUCUCAAUGAAUUCGUAAUGGAAUAAUUUUUUUCUCCACUGGUGUUUCGUAAAAUCCGCCAAAAUGUUCCCCGAAAACGAACGUAUCUACUCUGCAGCGAUGCUCGGGAGGAAGCAGAGCUUACGAGGAGAACAAAUAUUGGCAGAUUAUGGUCCUGAUGAAGCUUUCAACGAAAGUGCUGAUAUAGAAUGGGUCAACAAAGUUUGGGUCCGGAGGAUAAUGAGAGCUUGUGCUCUUCUGAGCUUACUUUGCGUUUGUUUAAAUACACCCAAGACAUUCGAAUGGUAUCCUCUUCUACAGUACAUUACGUUCAUAUGUGAUUUAAUCGUGACUUGUUUAUUCACCGCUGAAAUGAUAGCCAAGAUGCAUAUACGAGGGAUAUUGAAGGGAGAUGCUCCUUACUUGAAAGAUCACUGGUGUCAGUUCGAUUCGUCGAUGGUGUUUUUCUUAUGGGUUUCUGUCAUUUUACAAGUAUUCGAGAUGCUUUCCAUCCUACCGAGAUUUAAUUAUUUGUCGAUUUUGAGAGCUCCGAGACCGUUUAUAAUGAUUCGUUUUAUCAGAGUGUUUUUGAAAUUCUCGAUGCCGAAAAGUCGCAUUAACCAAAUAUUCAAACGUUCUGGGCAGCAAAUAUACAACGUGACAUUAUUUUUCCUAUUCUUCAUGUCACUCUAUAGUCUACUAGGCGUUCAGCUUUUCGGUGAACUGAAUUAUCAUUGUGUUCUGAAUACAACUGAUCCAAAACACGUUACAUUGAAUAGUCUCGCCAUACCAGACACCUAUUGCUCGAAUGAUUCAGGAUAUCGAUGUCCAGAAGGAAUGAAGUGCAUGAAAAUGGAGUUAUCGCGUUAUAUUAUGGGAUUUAGCGGAUUCGAUGAAUUCAUGACCAGUUUAUUCACCGUAUAUCAAGCAGCUUCUCAAGAGGGUUGGGUUUUCAUCAUGUUCCGUACUUUUGACAGCUUACCGUCUUGGCGUGCUAUAUUUUAUUUCUCCACUAUGAUAUUUUUCCUGGCUUGGUUAGUGAAAAAUGUUUUCAUCGCUGUUAUCACGGAAACUUUCAACGAAAUCAGAGUACAGUUUCAACAAAUGUGGGGUGUCAGACAAUUGGAUAAUAAAAUGGUGACCGAAGUAUUGAUUGAAGACGAAACCGGCGCGUGGAAACUGGUGCAAGUUGACGAAAACAAACAUGUCGGUUGUGCACCGAUGAUUUGUCAUCAAAUUUUAAGAUCUAGGUGGUUUAGAUUGCUGAUGAUGGGCGUCAUUUUAAGCAAUGGAAUUGUUAUGGCUUCGCUGAGUUUUAAACACGAUGGCAGAGCGAGACAUCUUUUUUAUCACAAUUAUUAUUACAUCGAAUUCUUGUUCACUAUCGUAUUCAAUAUGGAAGCCUUAUUCAAGAUUUGGUGUCUGGGAUUUCAAGGUUAUUUCAAACAUUCCUAUCAUAAAUUCGAAUUAAUGCUGUGCAUCGGAACAACUCUUCAUAUUAUUCCCAGCUUUUAUUUAUCCGGAUUGACCUAUUUUCAAGUUUUGCGAGUAGUUCGUUUAAUCAAAGCUUCGCCAAUGUUGGAGGAUUUCGUGUACAAGAUUUUUGGUCCUGGUAAAAAAUUAGGCAGUUUGAUUAUAUUCACAAUGUGCCUGCUGAUCAUAUCGUCGAGUAUUUCAAUGCAGUUGUUUUGUUUUCUAUGUGAUUUCACUAAAUUUGAAACUUUUCCCGAGGCAUUCAUGUCUAUGUUUCAAAUCUUGACUCAAGAAGCUUGGGUUGAAGUGAUGGACGAAACGAUGCUGCGCACUAAAGAGACUUUGGUACCUUUGGUUGCAGUCUAUUUUAUUCUAUACCAUUUGUUUGUAACUUUGAUUGUGUUGAGUUUGUUCGUCGCUGUCAUUUUGGAUAAUUUGGAACUGGACGAAGACGUGAAAAAACUGAAACAAUUAAAAUUUCGAGAACAGAGCGCCGAAAUCAAAGAAACAUUACCGUUUCGUUUGAGAAUAUUUGAAAAAUUCCCCGAUAGUCCGAAAAUGGCCUGCAUUAAUAAAUUACCAUCCGAUUUCAAUUUACCCAAAGUCAGGGAAAGCUUCAUGAGGCAAUUUGUUUACGAUAUUGAAGAAGACGAAGGUACUAUAGCAGAUGUUACGAAAAAAACCAGCGAUAUGUUCAACGCUCCGAUACUUUAUCGAAAACAGAGAACUUUCAAAUUACUCACAAAUCCGCCUAAAGUUCGCAUUGUUACUCCUGAUGCCAAAAAAUCCGCCAUUAAUGCAUUGCUGACAGAUUCGAAUAAUCAUCGCCUUCUUCUGGGAGAUUCGGGCAUAAUUGCGAUGCCAGGAAUGGGUAAAAGUAAUCUGCACUCUCAAGGCACGGUCAAUAGCAUCAAACAGCUGCGUAUCGAUCAAAAAAAAUCCGUUAGACGAAGCAUAAGAAGCGGUUCGAUUAAACUGAAACAAACUUACGAGCACCUUAUGGAAAACGGAGACAUCGGCGGUCACAUUAAUAAAAUCAGCACAGCUCGCAGUCGACCUCACGAAAUCGAUAUCAAAAUAUUGCAAGCUAAAAAACAACAGGCUGAAAUGAGACGAAAUCAACGUGAAGAAGAUUUACGAGAAAAUCAUCCCUUAUUCGAUACUCCUCUUUUUAUCGUACCUCGUGAGAGUAAAUUUCGCAAAGCUUGCCAGCUGAUCGUGUAUGGCCGAUAUGAUGCUCGACUGAGGGAUCCGCUUACCGGAAAGGAACGUAAAAUUAAACACAAAAGAAUGCACAAUUUCCUAGGUCUGGUUACCUAUUUAGACUGGCUGAUGAUUUGUGUGACAACUAUAUCUUGUAUUUCGAUGAUGUUCGAGACACCGGUGUACAGAGUUAUGGAAAUACCAGCAUUGCAGUUCGCCGAAUACAUGUUUGUUAUUUUCAUGAGUCUGGAAUUAGCGCUGAAAAUUCUAGCCGAUGGAGUUUUCUUCACACCUAAGGCUUACAUGAAGGAUGUGGCGUCCAUUUUAGAUGUGUUCAUUUAUAUAACCAGCUUAAUAUUUUUGUACUGGAUGCCCCAAAACGUGCCACCAAAUUCGGCAGCCCAGCUGUUGAUGAUUUUGAGAUGCGUUCGACCUUUACGUAUUUUCUCUUUGGUGCCUCAUAUGAGAAAAGUUGUCGAUGAAUUGUGUCGCGGUUUCAAGGAAAUUUUUUUGGUAUCCGUUCUAUUAAUCGUGUUGAUGUUCGUAUUCGCCUGCUAUGGUGUGCAAAUGUUCGGUGGUCGAUUGGCCAGAUGUAAUGAUCCUACCAUAGUAAAUCGUGAGGAUUGCGUCGGUGUCUUCAUGAGACGAGUAUUUGUCACUAAAAUGAAAAUAAAACCCGGUGAAAAUGAAACAUUUCCGUCCAUGUUGGUUCCAAGAGUUUGGGCUAAUCCUAGAAGAUUUAAUUUCGAUAACAUAGGCUACGCCAUGUUGACACUAUUCGAGGUACUCUCGUUCAAAGGAUGGUUAGACGUUCGAGAUAUUUUAAUUAAAGCUCUCGGACCCGUUCACGCUGUGUACAUCCACAUAUACAUUUUUCUCGGUUGUAUGAUUGGUUUAACGUUGUUUGUGGGUGUUGUAAUUGCGAAUUAUUCAGAAAACAAAGGAACUGCUCUGCUGACGGUGGAUCAGAGAAGAUGGUGUGACUUGAAAAAAAGAUUGAAAAUCGCACAACCUUUGCAUUUGCCGCCGAGACCAGAUGGGAAAAAAUUCCGAGUUUUUUUCUACGAUAUCACACAGCAUAUUUAUUUUAAAAGAUUCAUCGCUAGUACAGUGUUGCUGAACAGUAGUCUACUGUGUGUAUCGUGGAAAGUAGAAGAACCUUACACAUUCCAGCUAUCACGUAUCAGUACAGCUCUGAAUUUCAUAUUCGUGGUCGAAGUUCUGAUGAAAUUGAUAGCAUUCACGCCAAGAGGAUAUUGGCAAUCGAGACGUAACAGAUAUGAUCUAUUUGUGACCAUUUUAGGUGCCAGUUGGAUAUGCAUUCAUUAUAAUUUACAGAAUGACGUAUCUUAUUCCAUUGGCUUCAUGGUUGUGGUAUUGAGGUUCUUUACGAUCACUGGAAAACACGCUACGUUGAAAAUGUUGAUGUUGACUGUGGGAGUAUCCGUGUGUAAAAGUUUUUUCAUCAUUUUUGGCAUGUUUUUGUUGGUGUUUUUCUACGCUUUGGCUGGUACGAUUUUAUUCGGAACUGUUAAAUAUGGAGAAGGAAUAGGAAGGUUGGCAAAUUUCGGAUCCCCUGUCACCGGUGUAGCAAUGUUAUUCCGUAUAGUCACCGGUGAAGAUUGGAAUAAAAUAAUGCACGAUUGUAUGAUCCAACCACCUCAAUGUACACCAGCCAACAACUAUUGGGAAACGGAUUGCGGAAAUUUUGUAGCCGCGUUGAUAUAUUUUUGCUCGUUUUACGUCAUAAUUACCUACAUCGUGUUGAACUUGCUGGUCGCUAUCAUCAUGGAGAACUUUUCGUUAUUUUAUUCGAACGAAGAAGACGCCCUGAUGUCGUACGCUGACAUUAGAAAUUUUCAGAACACAUGGAAUAUAGUGGAUAUUCAUCAAAAAGGUGUAAUACCGGUUCACAAAGUCAAAUACAUAUUUCGUCUGUUGAAAAGUCGACUGGAGGUGGACUUCGUCAAAGAUAAGCAUUUAUUCAAGCAUAUGGUGUACGAGACUGAACGAUUACAUAAUGGUGAAGAUGUUACUUUUCAUGAUGUCCUAAAUAUUUUAUCCUAUCGCUCGGUGAAUAUUCGCAAAGCUCUGCAAUUGGAAGAAUUAUUAGCGAGAGAAGAGUACGAGUAUAUGAUAGAAGAAGAAGUAGCUAAGAAAACAAUACGGGAAUGGCUAGAAAAUUGUUUGAAGCAAAAAAGAAUAAAACAGGGCAACAAUCUGAUAGCCGGAUUAAGAGCCACAAACGAGCAAUUACAAAUCGACGAAAAAUUCAGAGAUGGAAUUCACAGUGAGAAAUUCGCAGAUCCCUCGGAAAUGAAGGAACCGUACAAAGAAAACGCUUACGUUGGCAAAAAAGCAGAAAUCACAAGAUCUGACAGCGAUGGUAGCAGUUCUGGAAGAAAGCAGCUGGCAUCCAGUCUAUCCGAUCCGACCACAAUGCAGGAUAAACCGGUGCUAAAUAGCAAGAAAAAUAGUCCUAAAUCAAAAAUCAAUGCCACAGAUUCGAAUAAAAUGUCGCAGAAAGAGAUGAAAAACAACCUACCGAAUUUCAAUAACGCCGUCAAAGAGGUUCACGAUUGGUGGGAACAUGUUUUACGAGCUCAUACUACAACUCGAUACUAGGAAUAAAUUUGAAUCAGAGUUAAACCUCAGAUGAGUGAUCUCUCAACGUUCGCUCAAUCAGUGCAAAACAUUUGGAAGUUGAGGAAUUUGAUGUACCUACUUACAAAGUAUUUUGGUUUUGAAUGACUCAAUAUUUUGUGGCUCUGCUCUGAGAUUACUCCAUAUUUUUGUGAAACAAGGUACAGGGUCCAUCGUGUGUGGUAUUACGUAGGUAGGUACAAAAUCAUCGAAGAAGUAUUAAUACAGUCUAAAUGUAUGUACCUAUUUAGACACAGGUAUCGUAUUGAUAUCUUAUAGUCGUAUAGUGGUGUUAGUUAUUAUAAGAAUGUAUCAGAAAUUAAAAGCUCGGAUACGUUGUUCGAGAACUUUUAUGUUAAUUAUACUUCAUUCAAUUUUGUUGAAUUUUUUACAAAA